UUGGUUUGGUAUCCGAACCAGAGUCUCUCCGUGGUGACGGGCCGCUGUCGGCAUCGCAGUCCCAGCUGGCGCCGUACGCCCCCUUUCCGAAGGAUCGGACGAUCUUCGAUAACGCGACCAAUCGUUCACCUUGCGAAUACACUUAUCGGUUUCACUUAAUUGGCGCGUACCUCUCCUAUAAUCGCAAUAACUCGAGCCGUUGGAACGCUAGUUACGUGAGUUCCGCGAAAACUUGUCACUCACCGGCUGCGAUAUAUAUUUCUCUUUGUUCUCCGGUGCUGCUGGUGACCACAUGAGCGGAAAUGGUGACGUUUCGCUUACAAGAAAUUGAGAGUGCGCUAAUUUUGUGACGACCGGCGUGUUUAUUAUAUUUGUCCGUUACAAAGGCAAGCAGCAUCGUUGGAACAUACACGCUCGAAUUGGAGUAAAUGUGACUUACAGUCCGGACAGCCGAGGGGCUCGCAAAACUGAAUGGAUACUUUAGUGCGGUCGCUCUUAAGAACUCGUAGUUUAUCUGCGUUAUGGCUACUCCUGUUACUAUCACCCACCGUCCUCGCCUCGUACAGUAUCGGCGUCGGAAGAGCUGACAGCACGGGGCCGGCCGCAGAAAUUGUCUUCAUGGGAUAUGCGAAAAUGGAGCAGAAAGGGACUGGCAUUCAUCUUCGAACGUUUGCCAGAACUUUCAUAAUUGACGACGGCGUGGAAAGGUUCGUGUUUGUCAGCGUGGAGAGUGCGAUGAUAGGCAAUGACAUUCGACAGGAGGUGCUGCGUAAAUUGAAGAUCCAAUUUGGUGACAUGUACACGGAGAGGAACGUGAUGAUUAGCGGCACGCACACGCACUCGGCCCCCGGUGGUUUCAUGCUGGAUGUGCUUUUCGAUUUAACCACAUUCGGCUUCGUCAGGGAAUCAUUCGACGCUAUCGUCAACAGUAUAACGAAGAGCAUCCAGCGUGCCCAUGAUGCCGUUGUGCCCGGAAGGAUUUUCAUUGCUCACGGAAAAGUUUUGGACGCCAACGUUAACAGGAGCCCGCAGGCGUAUCUGAAUAAUCCGAAGUCGGAAAGGGAUAAAUACGAGUACGACGUGGACAAGACUCUAACACAGAUGCAGUUCAUCGGUGCUGAUGAAAAGCCCUUGGGCUCGAUAAAUUGGUUCGCCGUGCAUCCAACUAGCAUGAACAAUACAAACCAUUUGGUCUCCAGCGAUAACAUGGGCUACGCUUCGAUCCUCUUAGAGAAAACGAUGAGCAAAAACGCUACGGUCGGCAAAGGCGAGUUCGUAGCAGCCUUUGCUUCGACCAAUCUCGGUGACGUUUCGCCAAAUACGCGUGGGCCAAAGUGCGAGUUCUCUGGCAAAAACUGCACCGACCAGUACACGUGUCCUGGAAAGAAGGAGAUGUGCUUCGCCUCCGGCCCUGGGAAGGACAUAUUCGAGAGUACGAGCAUUAUUGCUCGCAAAAUUUAUCAGGAGUCCGUGAGAUUAUGGCAAAGCAACGAGGCGGUGGAAGUGCUUGGACCAGUGCGGACGGUACAUCAGUACGUCAAUAUGCCAGAACAAUCCGCGGAAUUCUACAACGAGACAAUAGGCAAAUUUGAGGAGGUGCACGGCUGCCUACCUGCGAUGGGAUACAGCUUCGCAGCUGGUACUACCGACGGGCCCGGCUCGUUCGCUUUCGAGCAGGGAACGACAACCUCGAAUCCCUUUUGGAACGCCGUGCGAAAUUUCUUGGCUGCCCCAACGGAAAACGAUAUUCGCUGUCAGAGUCCGAAGCCUAUUUUGUUAGCCACCGGACGGAUGAAACUUCCCUAUCAGUGGCAGCCGAAAAUCGUCUCGACGCAAGUCGCCGUAAUCGGAAACGUCGUCAUCGCCGGUGUGCCCGGUGAAUUCACGACAAUGUCCGGAAGAAGAUUGCGAGAGGCUAUCAAGGGAGUCAUGAACAGUGCAUCCGACGACGAAACGUCUGUAAUAGUCGCAGGGCUCUGCAAUACUUACAGCGAUUACAUAACAACGCCCGAGGAGUAUCAAAUACAGAGGUACGAAGGCGCAUCGACGAUUUACGGUCCGCAUACGCUCACGAUAUACUUGAAACAAUAUCAGGAGCUGGUACGAGCGGCCGUUCAAAAUAAACCUGUCCCAUCGGGACCGGCCGCUCCGCAGUUGCUGUUCAGUAACUUGAUCACCCUUGUACCUCCCGUGCUAUACGAUACUCCGCGAUGGGGCCGCAACUUCGGGGACGUUAUCCAGCAGCCGCGGAAAGUCGCGUCGCCCGGUGACACGGUCACGGCGAUCUUCGUCGCCGGCCAUCCUCGUAACAAUUUAAUGUCCGACGGCACGUUUUUAACCGUGGAACAGUUAGAGGAUGAUGAAGUUUGGGUGCCAGUGGCCACGGAUGCUGAUUGGGAAACCAAAUUUGAAUGGAAGCGAACUUCUAUGAUACUGGGGUCGAGUCAGGUGACCAUUACGUGGGAAAUCCCGCAGGACGUUAAACCGGGCGAAUACCGCAUCAGACAUAAUGGUUAUUAUCGCUAUGUCCUUGGUGGCAUAUAUCCUUACUACGGUGUCACCAAUCAUUUUCAGAUAAAAGUUCCUGCACUGAGUAUCCGUCGACGUUAUUAUGGAUGAUCACUCGAUGUACUCCUCUUUUUCCUCGCGUGCUUUCUUAGUCGACAAGGAAAUUAUUACGCUUACUUUACAGUUAAAUGGAGUCUGUCGUAAAACUGAUAUGUAAAUAGAUAUUGGUACUAUGUAUUCGAUUAAACAACGGCAAAAGAGCGGUGUACGAAUACAGAAUGACUGAUUCUUCGUUUGAAAGAUAUCGUACGUUAACAUACACAAGUUUGUACAUAAAAUAAAUCGUAUUUCCUCCCUUUC